UUCCCGUCACUGUCAUGCGACCGGCUAUUGCAGUUAAUAAUAGAACAGCUUCUUGCCAUUCUUUGUGUUUCUUUGCUGUGUUACUGUUUUCUUGUGAAAGGCUGCGUUCACUAGUACCACUUACCACUCCUACAAUCCUUCAACCUUUUGCGGUUUUGACGUCACAUUUUCGAGCUCUAUUGUCUUUAGCCUCUCUGAUCUUGUCCUUUAGUAACACCUGGACCCUUCUAGUCAUUGAGGUUGGUGGGACAGACCACAUACUGUGUGAAAGCUGGCAGUGACAUGGUUGAAGUACCCCAAUGUUGCAAAAAAGGCACUGGAGUGGUGAGACUAACCGGGCUAUGGCAGAGUGGAUAGUGUUACAUGCUGGCAGAGGGAGGAACAUAAGCAGCCCCCAAGAUUACAUGGGUAAAUUCCCUGGGCAAAUAAUACAGCCUGAGUCCAACAGUGCACAGUUCAGUGUCCAGGCAGCAUUCUUUGAAUGAUAUGUGGGCAAGUUUACACCACCGGUUGUUAACAAGAAGAGCAAGCUCCCCUCCUUUCUGCUUACCGCUCACGGCACUGACCCUGUCCGUCCGAACAAUGUGGAAGCCUUCCACGGACGUGUUGUCGUCGGGAAUGUCCUGAUGUAUCCAUGAUUCUGUGAAACACAUCAGGCUACACUCCCGAUAUUCCCUCUGACUCUGUGCUAGCAUCGUUAGCUCAUUAAUUUUAUUUGCUAACGACUGAACAUUUCCCAUUAUGAUAGACGGCAGACACGGUUUGUACUUCAAGCAUCCCCUGUCUUGCUGUCUCCUUCCUUCUCCUCUUCUGUCCUCCACCUCUGCAUCCUUGGUGUGUUCUCCUCCAGAUUUCAGCUGGCACGUCUGUGGGUCUGAGUACUAUCAGCUGCUCUCUCGAGUAAACAGCCCGUGCAGUAUGUAGAAGUUGUGCUGUGGUCCUGUUGCUCGAUAAAAGGAACAUUUUCCAACCCCAAGUAGAUCAAAAACUCUCUCAAUCCACAUGAUUGAAAUAAAGUUAUUAAAACAGACGCAAGUACAAGUAAAAAAAAAAAAAGUAAGAAAAAAGCUAGACUAAAGAGAAAAAGCGGGAACAACUGGAAAAGGCAGCAUGCUUGUUGACACAUGUGCACUACAACCUAGUGCACACCUGGAAAUCUAGCUGGUACAAACCAAAUGAUGUUUAUAUCUGUGAUAAAGAUUAUGUGUCUGGUUUACAUGUGAAUGAUUCGUUUAGAAUUAUUAUUUUUUAUAUGGACUCAGUUUUUCUGUGUGUAUGAAGGACAUGCAAGACUGAUUGGGCACUUAACAUCUGUAAUGCAGCUGUGACAGAGACAAAGAUGUCUAAUGUGUGUCAGUGUGAUGUGUUGUAGUGUCAGGAGUCAGUAUACAGCUACAAAGCUUUUUGUUGCUGACAUCCAGGAACAUAUACAACAAUUUGUUGCUUAUUUCUUUUGACUCAAAUGUCGAAGAAAAAAAACAAAAUGUAUAAAGUCAAUCAUUCUGAUCAUGAUUGUACUUUGACCUUUAACCUCUCUGCUCUGUGUUGUUUCCUCUUUCAGUCCAGAAAACCAUUACAGCUGAGUCUGGACAGGACGUCACUCUGCCAUGUUGAGCUCCAAACAACAAAUUCAUAUUUUUAGAGUGGAGCAGAGCUGACCUGGAACAUAAUUAUGUGCUUUUGUACCAUGACGGUUACUUUGUUCCAGAUCUCCAGCAUCCAUCUUUUAAGAACCGUGUGGAUCUGCAGCACAGACAGAAGAAGGAUGGAGACGUGUCUUUGAUUCUGAAGAAUGUGAAGAUUAUUGACACUGGAACAUACGAGUGUGGUGUCUUCAUGGCAGAAACAGACUCAUCGCAGCUCAUCAGCAUCAUCAGCCUGAAAGUUGUUCCUCCAGACCAGAAAACCAUCACAGCUGAGUCUGGACAGGACGUCACUCUGACAUGUCGAGCUCCACGAGGCAAACCCAUCAGAGCUGUGAAGUGGAGCAGAGCUGACCUGGGAGAUAUUUAUGUGCUUUCAUACUGGAAUGGUCACUUUGAUCCAGAUCUCCACCAUCCAUCUUUUAUGAACCGGGUGGAUCUGCAGGACAGACAGAUGAAGGAUGGAGACGUGUCUUUGAUUUUGAAGAAUGUGACGAUUAAUGACGCUGGAACAUACGAGUGUCGUGUCUACAUGGCAGAAACACACUUAUGGCAGUAUAUCAACACCACCACCCUGAGUGUUGUUGUUUUUCCAGGAGGAGACAAAGUGAAGGAAGCACAGCUGUGUCCUUAG